UACUAGUCUCGUUCAGUUAUUUUAGAGGCAGUGUAGAGACUAAACAUUGACUUGAACGCUUUUCCCAUUUGCCCAUUAGAUUGUCAAGUCACUUCGGUUUGGGAAUACAUGCGUGGAAGAUUACAAAUAGGGUUCAUAACCAAUACAAUGGAUUUAUUUUUCGUCAAAUAAUUAUUUUAAUUACUCUAAUAGUUUUGCAUGAAGUAAUUUCAAUAUAUUUGUUAAAAAAGCAUUUUAAGAAUUUUGACUAUUUUGAUAAACUGUUUGAAGUAUAGUGUUUUUGGAGAGAAAUUGUGGAUUUACGUAAUUGAAAAAUAAAUUUCUGUUUGUCUGGAUUAUUUAGUGUGAAAAUUUAAUUAUUUUUCGUGUGAAAUCUUGGAAAAUAUUUUAUAACUAAAAUGAUUUGCAGAUUCUGAGGGGAACUUAGCAACGAAUCAAAGACAGCAGAUGACAUGUAGACUACCCUCAGGAUGACACCUAUUCUGGAAAUAAUUUUAUUGAAGUAUGUGUAAGCCAAGGAGGAGUUUUCUGUCCUUUCUUAUUCUAUGGUGGAUUUUUGUUUUAUCUCACAGUUCUGAACCAAGCCAGGAAAGUUUCCCAAGAGAAUUUGACUUCAGAUACACCUCUUAUGAAGAACUGACAGAACAAGCAUCAAUAUUUAAUCAUGAAAACUUAAUCGGCUUCACACAGCUUACUCUCGACAAAGAAAAUGACCAGUUGCUUGUCGGGGCUCGGGACAGUAUAUUCCGUUUAUCACUGGAUAACCUAGAUCUUCUGGAAUAUGCAGAAUUCCGUGCAGAACAUCAGAAGUCAUGUAUAGACAAAGGACAAUCAGAGAGUUCCUGUCACAAUUACAUCAGAGUUCUACUGCUACAUAAUUAUACGAAAACAGACUCAACCUCGGAGUUUGACAAUGCUGUGUUUGUAUGUGGGACCAAUGCUUUCUCACCUAUUUGUCAGUGGAGACCGGCAAAUAAUCUGUCCAGAAUUAUUGAAGCAAGCUCUGGAGUGGGGAAGAGUCCCCAUGACCCUGGUCAAAAUUCCACUACCAUUAUCACAACUGAUGGCGACAUUUAUGGGGCCACAAACAUCGGGACUGGAGAUAGGGACCCGGCUAUAUACAGAAGCAAUGGACCUAAGUCAAAGGAGCUUAGAACAGCGCAGGCCAACUCAAAAUGGCUUAAUGAGCCAGAUUUUGUGUCAUCUUAUGAAAUUGGAGAUCUUGUCUACUUUUUCUUCCGAGAAGUUGCUGUUGAAUAUAUUAAUUGUGGAAAACGUAUUUAUUCAAGAGUUGCACGAUUAUGUAAGAGCGAUCAGGGAGGUAUAUUUGAGAACAUAUGGACAACAUAUUUCAAGUCUCGGUUAAACUGUUCACUGCCAGGACAAUAUCCAUUCUAUUAUGAUGAAAUACAAGGAACCUUCCUGCUUGAAGACGGCACUGAAAAAUACCUUUAUGCUGUAUUCAAUACACCAAUGAACAGUAUAGCUGGGUCAGCAGUUUGUGUAUAUAAUAUCAAAGCAUUAGAAAAAUCAUUUGCGGGUCCUUUCAAGUACCAAGAAAGUCCAAGGUCAGCAUGGGAGCGACAUGAGCAACCUGACAAUGGUCAGAAACCACUAACACAGUGUCCAGAAAAGAAGGAUCAGAGUAAACGCUCCAAUGACAAACACACGAUGGAUGAGUCUAGGUACCAGAUGAUGGAUGAUGCUGUCCAACCAGAGUCAUUAUUUCCUUUCGUUCAUGCAGAUAAUGAGAGAUGGACACAUGUAGUGGUUGACAAUGUCAAAGGAAAGCAGGGUCAAUAUAAAGUUGUCUUUGUUGCGACAGCAGAUGGCAAAAUACGGAAACUGACGACAUUAUUGUCUCCAAAAUCAAAUGAAACGUGUCUGAUUGAAGAGAUUAAAAUAGUGCCAAAUGGAGACCAUAAACCAGUGAAGGCAAUGAGAAUCUCACCUGAGGAAAUGGCAAUCUACAUAUCUACACAAUACAAUGUAAUAAAAGUCCCAGUGCAUAGGUGUUCAAGAUUUGAAAAUAGCGACUUGUGUUUAAGCGCCAAUGACCCAUAUUGUGGAUGGAAUGAAUACACAAGUGAAUGCACGCCAGCCCCUUCUGGACAACCUGAAGUCCAUUUCUGGUCACAGAGUAUGACCGGAUGUCCUUUUGUACCCCACCCUGUAAAUGGGGGCUGGUCAGAUUGGUCAGGAUGGGAAUUAUGUUCCCAGGUAGGUGGGGAUGCCACUGCAGGAGAAUGUCUGUGUAGGUCAAGGUCAUGUGAUAAUCCGAAACCGUACUACGGAGGUCAGCCUUGUGUGGGCGCCAGCGUAGAAGUCACAAACUGUACAGCACAUGGUCAGUGGACUGAAUGGACGUCAUGGUCAGCUUGUUCACAGACAUGUGGCUCAAUGGCGACUCGACAGCGACAUCGUUACUGCAGUAAUCCUCCACCUAGAUUUGGUGGGAGGGACUGUAUAGGACUAGAUUUUGAAGAGGACUAUUGUCAAGGUCAUCCACCUUGUCCAUUACCACCAGUGAAAGGUAACUGGAAAAUGUGGGCAGAUUGGAGCGAGUGCUCCGCUAAUUGUAACGGAGGAAUUCAAACGCGGAGGAGAAGUUGUAUAGAGCCUCCACCUCCAGUUGAUUCUAUACCCUGUGUGGGGAAUACUCAAGAGUGGAGAAUGUGCAAUACUCAAAUUUGUGAAAUGCUUAACCAAAUGACUCCAUGGACUCCCUGGGUUGCCACAAAUCAUACAAAGGGAGGUUACUUUGAGGAGAGAUUUAGAUUUAUGUGCCAGGCUAAAGUGCCGAGUCAGACAAUGAUACAGUCUAAACAUAUAAAAACUCAGGCACGGUUCUGUUUUGACGGAGGACAGUGUCACGAUUCAGGUGAGCUUAGCAGUGGAAUUGACACGCAUUCACCCAUAGAUCGUGUUCUUAGACGUUAUUGCAAACAUAGACGAAGAUUGUUUAGAGGGUAUUGUAAAUGUAGAACGCUUGGGAUAUUUUUAGUUUGUCAGAAAUGUGGGUAUGGAUGAAGUACGAACAUGUGGACAAACGUAGGAUAAAUCAUUCAAGAUAUAGGACAAUUUUUACGUAUAAAAAAGAUGUGAUAUUAUUGUGUUGUUUUUUUUUUUAAAAAGAAAUACUUUUCAUAGAAAUUUGUGCUAUAUAUUAAAAGUGUGAAAUACGUGACUUGCAAGGUCAUGUGAUGUCAUAAUGUGACAUUUGAAUAGUGUUAUUUUAGUAUUAGAUGAAGUAGAAAAAAAUAUAACAGAGCUGUCAGUUCAGUCUUGAAGAAUGUGAAUUGUGACUCAAUAAACUGCAAGCAUAAUAUGCGUUUGUAAAGAUCUGACAGUGCACGUGGAUUCCGUGCCAAGUAGUUGAGAGACUCGUGCGCUUGAAGCAGCUUGAACCACGAAUUGCCAUUCCUGUCAGAAAGAAGGACUAGAGCCAGUAUAAUUUUUUUUCCAUGUCUCAGUCACAUGUCAUUUCAGCUCAUUCAUAUCCACGCUAGGGCGCUAGUUCAUAAACCAUGACCUGUCACCUUUCCAUGUAGGGUAACAGUAAUUACUGUUCACUGCAACUGUUACCUUCUUGUUUGGAAAUCAGUAAUAACCUAUAAAUUCUCUUCUGUAUUUUAUUGCUAAGCAACUUCUGUCAUUAUGCUAUGAUAUGAUAGGGAAUCAUUGUAAUGCAUCAUAAAUCAAAAUAUUGCAAGUGCAUGCACAUCCUUCUAUGCACUUCCUUCUUUUCCCGCCAUUUUCUUAAACAUUUCUAUCAAAUUUAUCAAAAUUUUAUGUUAUGGCAUGUUUUGAAAAGGAGGCAGCAGUAUGAAUUAUCGAUCAUACAGUUUCGCAGACUUUACUUCCAUGCUCCUUUUCCACAAAGUCCGUUCAGUUUUUUACGUAAAACAAGAAACAAAAUCUUAACUUCAUAAUCUAACAUGGGUAUAUACAUGCAGAUCUAAAGAAAUUAUUAAAAACUGUUCUUAGCUUGUUUUAAAAGAGCGAGGGCAAGGGUGACAACUCAUGUUUUAUAAACUACACGAUUCUAAACAUUUGUUUCACUUUUCAUUUUUCAUUAUUUUUGUGUUCAUUUAUCUCUUUUUUAUGUUGGAAUGAAUCACACAUAGAUAUAUGUAUAUAACAAUGUGAAACACCUAAUUGUGUUUAUAUUGAUUUUUGUGAAAUAAUUAUGUGAUCUUGUAAAACUGUGUAAUUGUGAAGUAGGUAUGAACACACGGACACAUGCACACACACACUCUUUUGUUGUAGUACAUGUAUAUACUUUGUUUUUCGUUACCUCCUGAUGAAAUUGAAUGGUACAAAGUGAGAUGUUACCUUCCAUAUCUUGUACAUGUUUCUCGUGCACAGUAAAUGUACUCUACAUUAAUUAUGUUUUUGAUGAGAAUAUUUUCUCUUUCAUUGUGAAAGAGUUUUCUGGAAAAAAGUAGGCAACUAUGGAAGAUAACUUAUACUCACUGUGUACCAUUAGUCAAUGGUAUGGCAUGGUCAUGUGUGCAUUUUAUAGUAGAUACUAAUUUUGAUACAAUAAAGAACAUUUUCGUCAGCUCUAUGCAAAAAGUUGUUAACUGCUUCUUUGUAUCAGUGCAGUUAACUGCUUUUGGCACUGAGCAGAGGAAACAGUCAUACAAUAGUUACUUUUAUAGUUUGGUUUAAAGCUUUAAUAUCAAAUUUUACACUUAUAUAUGAAAUAGAGUUAAUUUAGUAGCAUUGUCAAGGUUGUUUAGCCAAUAUAGCUAAGAAUAAAUCUUGAUACAGGGUACUAAAGGUUACAUGAAAAUUUAAAUCUGCUGUACGAAAAGCAUUUAUUGACAGUUAUCUUCACCUUAGUGCCAAAAGUGGAUAAGUUCAUCGCUGUAUGUCAGUACAGUUCUUUACAUUUUGCACUAAGGUGAUGAGAUAUUGGUCUUGUUGAAUGUUACAUAAUGAGUCAAUGUUAUAACUUCAACUUCUCUUGGCUCAAAAUUUUGAACUACAUUUUGUUGUAACCAUAUUGAUACAAGUACAAAAAAAACCACUUGUAAAGUAAUAAUAAAAAUUUGAUGUGAAAUCAACAUCCUAAAAUAACAUGUGCUGUCAUUUACAAAGUUUAAAGUAAAGGCCAUUUCACAAUAUACAAACUGAAACCAAACCUGAACUGAUGCCUUUUUUAAGUGCUUAGGAGUCAGCUAAGCUUUUCAUAUAUCCAUUGAAUUUGAUCUGAAUCUUUGGGCAAAAAUGUGUAAUUCGACCGACUUGUGAAAAAAAGACCUUUUCACCUUUACAGACUGAAUUUGCUAACACAACUAGGAUUGCAAUUUAUCCUUUUCUUUUCGGUUUCGGUUUACUUUUUGGUUUCAUUUCAGCAUAUAUCUAAAAUGGCCAAUUAAUCAUAAAACAUUCUAAUUUUUUUAGCUCACCUGAGCACAAAGUGCUCAAGGUGAGCUUUUGUGAUCGCCCUGUGUCUGUCGUCAGUUGUCCAUCGUCCGCUGUCCGUCGUCAACAAUUUGACUGUUAACACUCUAGAGGUCACAAUUUUGACCCAAUCUUUAUGAAACUUGGCAAGAAUGUUACCCUCAAUAAAAUCUUGGAUGUGUUCAAUAUUGGGUCAUCUGGGUUUAAAAACUAGGUCACCAGGUCAAAUCAAAGGAAAAGCUUGUUAACAUUCUAGAGGUCACAGUUUUGACCCAGUCUCAAUGAAACUUGGUCAGACUGUUACCCUCAAUAAAAUCUUGGACAAGUUAGAUAUUGGGUCAUCUGGGGUUAAAAACUAGGUCACCAGGUCAAAUCAAAGGAAAAGCUGGUUAACACUGUAGAGGCCGCAUUUAUGACUAUGUCUUCAUGAAACUUGGUCAGAAUGUUAAUCAUGAUGAUCUCAAAGUCCAGUUUGAAUCCGGGUCAUGUAGGAUCAAAAACUAGGUCACCAGGUCAAAUCAAAGGAAAAGCUAGUUAACACUCUAGAGGCCACAUUUAUGACCAUAUCUUAAUGAUACUUGGUCAGAAUGUUAAUCUUGAUGAUCUAUAGGUCAAGUUCAAAUCUGGGUCAAGUGGAGUCAAAAACUAGGUCACCAGGUCAAAUCAAAGGAAAAGCUUGUUAGCACUCUAGAGGCCACAUUUAUGACUGAAUCUUCAUGAAACUUAGUCAGAAUGUUAAUCUUGAUGAUCUUUAGGUCAAGUUCCAAUCUUGGUCAUGUGGGGUCAAAAACUAGGUCACCGGGUCAAAUCACAGAAAAAGCUAGUUAACGCUUUAGAGGCCAACAUUUAUGACCAUAUCUUAAUGAAACUAUCUUGAUGAUCUUUAGGUCAAUAGGUCAAGUGAGCGAUACAGGGCCUUCAUGGCCCUCUUGUUUCUGUUAAGAUUUGGAUUGGUGAAUAUGUGAAAUGACCUUGACUGUAAAUAAUAUGUCCAGUGCAGCUUUUCUUAUUUCAGCCUCACUUUUAUUAAGAGGGCACAUUAGUUUUAAAGCUUCAUUUUUUAGCCUUUUAAUCUUUAUAUGGGCACUGUGCACAGACCAACAUUAGUGUUUUGUGACCAGAAUAGAUCCUUAUAAGCCUGCACACAGUGCAGUCUGGUCUAUAUUGUUUGUAUGCCAGUGAAAUUGAUAAACAAACAGUAUGGUUGUAGGGAAAAACAAUCAGUAGGGACUGAUCUCGAUCUGGGCUGGUCAUAAAGCCCUAACAUUGGUUUUCGUAUGGCAGCACAGAUACAUAUGUAUCAUUUUAGAUUUCCUGUUAAGAGUAAAUAAAGUUAGAUUAUGGCCCUUUAACAAGUAUAUACUACUAAGUUUUGUGUUUAUAAUAUGUUGUAAGUGCAAUAUAUAUUGAAAAAGUGUGAUUUACCUUAAAGUCCAUGCCUAAUUGAUAUUAUUGUUAUAAAUUUAAGGUCAGUAUUGUUGUGCUGUUUGGAAGUUUUUUAACCCUUACCAUGCUAAAUUUUAUCAAUGGACUGGUCCAUCUUCCAUUUUGGACAGUACCAUAAAUUUUAUCAUUUGAAGGGGUGUUUACUGGAAAUUUUCUGACUGAAUAGUGAACAGUGCAGACCAUGAUCAGACUGCAUGGAUGUGCAGGCUGAUCUUGAUCUACACUGGUUGCAAAGGCAGAAUCAAUCAUGUCCAGAAUGGUAAGGGUUAAACAUGUGUCUGUUUAGUGCAGUAUGUCUCUAAACAAGACAAACUAUAUAAAAUCUAAAAGCAGAAAAAAAAAACAUGGAGAAAGUCAUACAAAAUUACUGUUUGUGAUAAGUCAGUGGUUUUUAUUUGUAUAUUUAAGAUAAAAUCCUAUUUUGUGUAAGAUUUAUAUUGAAAUACUAAUGGGGUAAUAAACUCUGCUGUACAUUUUAACAAAUUUUUCUUUUUUAGCCCACCUCAGAACUAAGUGCCAUACGUCUGUUUUUGCUGAUAGCAAUUUGUAGGUCACAGUUUUGGUUCAGCCUUAAUGGAAGUUUGUCAGAAUGUUUGUCUCAAUAAAACCUUGGUUGGGCUUGGUACUGAAUCACCUUGCGCCAAAAACUGGGUCACUAGGUUACUUAAUAGAAAAACAUUAACUCUCAUGAAACAUGGCCAAAAUGUUUGUUUGUAGGUUAUAUGCCAAACUUACAUGUUUGGGCCACUGAUCAUAGGGAAAAAUGGUUACAAGCCACAGAUGCUACCAGAAUCUACAUAAAACAUGGGCAAAAUGAAUCUUAAUGAAAUCUGCAUCAAGUUGAGAACCUGGUCAUCUUAUUUUUUUUUAGUUCACUUGGUCAUAUCAUAGAAAUCCCUUGUUAAUACUAAAGAGGUCACAUUUUCUACUUGAUCUGCAUGAAACAAAUUUAAAAUAUUUGUCUUGAUAAAAUUUAGAUCAAAAUAGAAAAAAUAGAAAUUAAGUAAGCUAGGGGCAAAAAAUAUAGUUAAUUCUGAAUAAAAACUAAAUCAGACGGAAACUAGAUCAAAUUGGGUCAUAAACUAGGUCACUAGGUCAAGUCAUAGGAAAAACCUUGAUGCUUGUCUUUAUGACAUUUGGUCAAGUUUGAAACUGGGUCCAAAAAAAACUAUGCCCCUAGAUCAAAAUCAUAGAAAAAACGUGUUUAACUCCAGAUGCCACAUUUUCUACCUGAUCUACAUGAAAUCAUGUCAGAAUAUUGUCUGAAUUUGAUAGAGGUCAAAUUGGAAACUGGGUCAUUUUGGCAAUAGAAUCUAGGUCAGAUGAGCAAUGUACAGGACCUUUAGAACCAACUUUGCAAGGAGUGAGGUUAAAUGUAUCAUGUUGUAUAAAAUAGUCAAAGAAUGUACCAAUCUAUGUCAAAAUAGUAACAGGUUGUAAAAAUAUAUGUAUAAAAUUGUUGCAAAUGAUAUCCUAGUGUGUAAAAAAUGCCUUCAUGUUUUUUAAACCUUAAAUUGAAAAACAAAUUGAAAUUGUUGUUGUUGUUGGUAAUCACAGUGGUUACCUUGGGACUGAAUCCACUGACUGAUUAUCAACUGGUUUCUGAUGAAAGACAAAUUUGUUAUUUAGGUCAUUAAGUCAGAGUUCAAGGUCAUAAUGACUGUCGAGUAAGAAAACACCCUUUGAUCAAUAACAUUAGAUGGUAAUAAGCUUUUAGGUUUGAUAGGCCGAAGGUCAAGGCUAUACACUAUUCCCUGCUUGAAUAAUAAUUGGAGAAAAUUUGGGUUUAUAUAUAAGAAACAACAAAAAAAUAAAAUGAUUUGUUUAUGGUCAAUAGAUAAAUACAAUAUACCAAUAACUAGGUCAUAGGUCAAGGUCACACAACAUAGAGUGGUCAAUAGGUCACAUCACUAAUCAAGGAUUAGUGGGUCAGUUGGUCAAGUUAGAGAGACUUAACUGACCUGUGGUCCUUAAACUUGUUCAUACUUCCUAGAUGAAUAAAAGUUGUAUUUUGGAAAAUAAAGCUGAGUAAAUGUGGCCUGGGGAUAGGGUUGGGAUCUAAAGCUUAGAUGUUCAUUGACAUUGUUGCAGAAAUCUUUUGUUUUAUGUUCCAUUUAGAAGAAUUAACCUUCCUUGGGAUGUACAGUCCUUUCAUGUGAGGAAGCUAUCUAUCUUCCUUGCAGAAGGUCAGUGGUUCUACCCAGGUGCUCGCCCACGCAUGAAAUAUUGCUUGUAGGGUUUCCCGGGGUCUUCCUGCACUAGUAAAAGCCAGACUGCAGCCUUCAUAUGACCUAUAAUUAUGUAGUUGUUACUUUAAAUGCAACAAAACAAAAAGUAAAAACAAGUAGAAGUAAUAAAACAGUUUAGUCCCUCCUCCUCUUACGUAUGUGCAAGGAAAAAGAUUUCGCCCUAUUCGAAAAAGCAUUGACGAAUGUGAUGGACCAUAAGGGGGAUCUGUCUUAAUCAAUGUCUUUUCUAUUUCUGAUUUUAUUUUGUUAUUUUUGUUUGUACAAUGCUUUUUUUCUUUUGAGAUAUUAAUUUCUUUUGUAUAUUGUGUGUAUUUAUUUAAAUCCCUCUAUUUUUUGUAAAGUAUGAAAUAUGAAUAAAAUGCAAUAUCACUGAA